GUUGUGUCAAACAUUUAAUACCAAAAUGUUUCUCAACCUUAAAAUAAUUUUAUUUUCACUUUUUGUGGUCUCUGUGCUAUCAUUGGAGCAAAGAAUACAUCGAAACAAUAGAGGAAUACCAGUGCAGUUCAGACAUAUAUUGAAGAGAGCUAUCGAUGAGAACUUAGAGAUCACUUCAACCACACCGGAGAGUACAGAGAGUACUACGGAAGCGGUCACUGAAGCCACUAAAGCUCCUGUCGAUGAAGUGCCCAAAGAGGAGGUCAAAGAUGAGACCAAAGAGGCGUUGGAUGUAAGGAAAGAAGAGGGCGAACGCAUUGAGAGAGAAGGAGAGGACUCGGAUCGACCCUUCACUCCAAGUACUCCGCGAGAAGUGGAGGCAACGACACCACACACACCGACACCACUGCCUCCCGUCACGCGACCCACUUUGCCAUCCGUGCCCUCAGUAACACUGCCAACAGUGCCCGCAACCAGACCUGCCUAUCCAUUUCAACCCACAUUCCCGACUAACAAUUUCCCCAACUAUUGGGAAAACCCUAAUUGG